UCGAUUUAGCGAAACCUCUUCGAUUUUUUCUUCUUAAUUUUUCUAUAGAUUUGAUGGCGGAGGUCGACGGCGUUGAGGAUUUCGAUCUCGAAGCCCUUCUGCGAGACUUCGAUGAAGUUCCAAGCUUGGAUCUCAGCGACAUAUCCCUGUUUGAUUUCCCUUCGCCGGAGCAGCAGUCGCUGUCACCGGCGGACUCCAACUCCUCGUGGGCGGAGGAGCUGGAGAAGUUCUUAUUAGAGAACGAUGAUGGUGGUGCCGAGACGCCGGAAGUUCAUGAGGGAUUUGAGAAUAAUUUCUUCUCGGAUAUUUUGGGGUCCAAUGAUGGGAAUAGCGAUGAUGAGAAGGAAGAGGUUUCGGGCCUUAACGAUGGGAAGAGCGAUGAAGAUGAGAAGAAAGAUGGGGCUUCGGGCCUUGAUGACGGGGAGAGCGAUGAUGAUGAGAAGAAGGAUAGGGUUUCAGGGCUUGAUGGUGGGAAGAGCGAGGAAAUUGAGAAGAAGGACGAGUCUUUUGUCGUCGUGGACGAGAUUGAAGAUGAUUCAAUCAUUAAGAAGCGGAGAAGGCAGAUGCGGAAUAGAGAUUCUGCCAUGAAAUCUAGGGAGAGGAAGAAGAUUUACGUUAAGGACCUAGAGAUGAAGAGCAGGUAUCUGGAAUCAGAGUGCCGGCGCCUAAGGUAUGCCUUUCAGUGUUGUGUUGCUGAAAACCUGGCACUCCGCCAAUGCUUGCAGAAUGGGAGGGCAUUUGGUGCUCCCGCAGCCAGACAGGAGUCUGCUGUACUCUUGAUGGAAUCCCUGCUGCUGGGUUCCCUGUUUUGGCUCAUGAGCAUUGUUUGCCUAUUCCUAGCACCCAGCCUGUCCAGUCUGAACCUAAAGGGAGCAAGCCGGCCAGAAAGCGGUCCCGUUCUGGAGGUCCAAAAGAUAGAAAAUAAGGGCGCAGAAUAUGAUUUUGGAUAUCAUUUGAUCAUUUUGAGGAGGAGGUAUAGAGGAAUGAGGUCUAGGAUGAAGUCUUCUUAUUAUUAUUCAUGUUCUUAUGGUGUUGUCAAUGGACCAAGUCUCCCUUCUGUUCUAGACUUCUAGUCUGACAGAGAUGAUGGGAAUUGCAGUAAAUGGUAUUCAGUGACUAAUGUUGGUUAAACUUUCAUUUUGUAAAUUAUUUAUUUCUUGUUUUCUUUUUGGCCA